CAAACACCGGCAGAAUUGCCGUACGGUUUUGUCCGCCUUUGGGCCGAUUAUCGAUCGCGGGGAACUGAACCGACUUGCGAUUCCGGCUCGUAUUUGCUUCUGGAGCUAGUUUUGGUUGAAGAUUGACUGUAGAAUUUGGCGUGAAGCUCUCAAUCGCUCCAUAAUACAAGCUAGUGCCAAUCAGCCCUGUCAGACUCCACGGACUAAAGAGUGUUUGCCGGGUGACACCAUGCUUUCCGACCUGCAUGUGGAGCGCGCAAAUGGCCGAUCCCCGCCUUCCGACUUCACGAGAGAACAUGCACAAUCGCUUGAUGCGCAGGACCCUCUGCGCCACUUCCGACAGGAAUUUCUCAUUCCUUCGAAAAAUGAUUUGAAGAGGAAGACAUUGGCUCUACCAGAUGGAUAUGAUGAGAAAGCCGAGGACCGAUCCAUCUAUCUAUGCGGAAACUCCCUCGGAGUCCAGCCCCGCAAUGUCCGCAAGUACAUUGACCAUUACUUGCGAGUCUGGGCCAUCAAAGGCGUGACCGGCCAUUUUGUACCGCAUGAUGAUCAGCUGCUUCCGCCUUUUGUCAAUGUGGACGAGGCGGGAUCGAAGCUGAUGGCACCGAUUGUUGGAGCUCACCCCGAGGAGGUUGCGGUGAUGGGUACGCUGACGGCCAAUCUGCAUCUGCUGAUGGCAAGUUUCUACCAGCCUACCCAGGAGAGAUACAAGAUCAUCAUCGAGGGCAAGGCAUUCCCAAGUGAUCAUUAUGCCGUCGAGUCCCAGAUCAAACAUCAUAAUCUCCGCCCAGAAGAUGCGAUGGUUCUCAUUGAGCCUGAAGACCCCAGGUUUCCUACUUUGCCUACUGAGCAAAUAUUCCGCGUCAUCGACGAGCAUGCCUCGAGUACUGCUAUAAUACUUCUCUCUGCUAUCCAAUUUUAUACCGGCCAGUACUUCGAAAUUGAGAAGAUCACCGCGUAUGCGCAGUCGAAGGGCAUCUUGGUUGGUUGGGAUUGUGCCCACGCGGCGGGCAAUGUCGACCUCCGACUGCACGAUUGGAACGUGGAUUUUGCUGCUUGGUGCACAUACAAAUACCUUAACAGCGGUCCUGGUUGUAUGGCGGCCCUUUUCGUUCAUGCGAAGCAUGGCCAAGUAGACAAGGACAAGCUUGGAACGGCGGAGCAAGCCUUUCGUCCGCGGUUGUCAGGUUGGUGGGGAGGGGACAAGCAGACGCGCUUCCUGAUGGAAAACAACUUUGUGCCCCAGACAGGUGCCGCAGGAUACCAGCUAUCAAACCCAUCAGUUCUAGAUAUCAGUGCACUUGCGGCAUCUCUGGAGUUAUUCAACCGAACCUCAAUGGCUCAAAUUCGUCAGAAGUCUCUGCAGAUUACGGCAUACUUGGAACAGCUCUUGCUGACGUGCCCACUUGAUUCGCUUCCAGAAAGACCGUUCUCCAUAAUCACACCCUCGAACCCAGCAGAACGGGGUGCCCAACUCAGUCUGCGUUUGGCACCCGGUCUCCUCGACGGGGUUCUUGAGACUUUGGAAGAGCAUGGAGUUGUUAUCGAUGAACGAAAGCCGGACGUGAUCCGAGUGGCGCCUGCACCCAUGUAUAAUUCGUACGUUGAUGUCUGGGAAUUCUGCCAGGUCUUUCUCCAGGCGUGUCGAAAAGCAUUGGACGCUCGAAAGUGAACAUAUGACUUGUAUAUCUGUCAUCUCAAUAUAUACCGGCCCACGACAGGUUCUUCGAUUUUUUCCUCCGUGCAUUUGACCGUAACCUGUGGGGUUGCUGAUCCGGCCUUGCUUUUGGGCCGGGCUUUUCUGGAACAAGGAUAAUCGUACCAUCAUGAUCUGGGGAUCUAUAAUAUUGGCGAAAUCGGAUAGGGCUACACCUGACGGCUUUAUAUAUUGAACCCA